AAGCAAAGCAAUAUGGCGAAGUGUGUCACGAGCUGUUGGACGAAUACGUAGUGUCGUAUGAUGUAUAACGAAAGUAUCGCGGUAUGGGUUGAAGGUGACGAUGUAGUUUGAUCGGCUAAAAACUCCAUAACAACAAUUCACAACGGAAAAAAUUAAAAAGUUCUAAAUGUAGUCCUCGCGAUGUUAAUAAUAAAAAAAAGUGAUAAAGCCACACGAGCACUAUGAUGUUCAAGAAACCCUGGGUUAUCUGGUGUUUAUAGAUGUAUAGAAAUAAAAAACCUCGCAACAAAAAAGAAAACAAGAAAACGAAAAAAAAAAGAAUUGAUUGAAUAUACGCGUGAGAGGGAAAUUCGCUGUGGUUUCGUUGGACUGCCUGGGAUAUUGGUGAAUCAUGGCUACGGAUAAAAUUAAGGUGGCUGUUCGGGUGAGACCCUUCAAUCGAAGGGAGCUCGAGCUCGGGACACAAUGCGUCGUGGAAAUGACCGAACAGCAGACGAUUCUCCAACAUCCCACGACAAUGGAUAAGAUUGAUCGGAACAAACCAAAAACAUUCGCAUUCGAUCAUUGUUUCUUUUCGUUGGAUCCGAGGGCUGAACAUUUCGCGAGCCAGGACGUCGUCUUCGAUGCUCUUGGUCGUGAUAUAUUGGACAAUGCAUUCCAGGGUUAUAACGCAUGUAUUUUCGCCUACGGCCAAACGGGUUCAGGCAAGUCCUACACGAUGAUGGGCAGCGGUGACAACAAAGGCAUUAUACCACGUUUGUGCGACAAUCUUUUCGACCUCAUUGCCAAACAGCAAAGCUUUGAACUCAGUUACAAAGUUGAGGUAUCCUACAUGGAGAUUUACAACGAGAAGGUUCACGAUCUUUUGGAUCCAAAACCCAACAAACAAUCGCUCAAAGUUCGAGAGCACAAUGUACUCGGGCCUUACGUCGAUGGUCUUAGUCAAUUGGCCGUUACCGCUUAUCAGGACAUUGAUAAUCUAAUGACGGAGGGCAACAAGUCGCGAACUGUCGCAGCGACCAACAUGAAUUCAGAGAGCUCGCGCUCGCACGCCGUAUUUUCUGUAAUAUUGACGCAAACACUGACGGAUUCGAAAAGCGGUGUGAGCGGGGAAAAAGUUUCUCGGAUGAGUCUGGUCGAUUUGGCGGGUAGCGAAAGGGCUGUGAAAACUGGAGCUGUUGGAGAUAGGCUUAAGGAAGGAAGCAAUAUUAACAAAUCACUGACAACUUUGGGUCUAGUCAUCUCGAAGCUAGCUGAUCAGAAUUCCGGUGGAAAAAAUCGCGACAAAUUCGUGCCCUAUCGGGAUUCCGUUCUGACCUGGUUACUAAAGGAUAAUCUCGGUGGUAAUAGCAAAACUGUGAUGGUGGCGACAAUAUCACCGGCGGCCGACAAUUACGAGGAAACUCUAUCGACGUUACGUUACGCCGAUCGGGCCAAGAGAAUAGUCAAUCAUGCGGUCGUUAACGAGGAUCCGAACGCGAGGAUUAUUCGCGAGCUCAGACAGGAGGUCGAGGCUCUCAAGGAAAUGUUGUUACACGCUACCGGUCAAGGUUCGAUCGUGAGACGAACGGACAUAACGGAGAAACUUUCGGAAUCGGAGAAGCUCAUGAAGGAGAUGUCGCAGACGUGGGAGGAGAAAUUGGUCAAGACGGAGAGAUUGCAACACGAGAGACAGCAGGCGUUGGAGAAAAUGGGUAUAAGCGUACAAGCUUCGGGUAUUCAAGUCGAGAAGAACAAGUAUUAUUUGGUAAAUUUGAACGACGAUCCAAGUCUGAAUGAACUUUUGGUUUAUUAUCUCAAGGACGUGACUCUCGUGGGUGGUCGAUCCGCCACAACCGAGCAAGAUAUUCAACUUCAUGGAUUGGGUAUUUUGCCGGAACAUUGUAUCAUAACGAUAGAAGAAUCGGGUCUCUACAUGACGCCGAUAAACGGUGCUCGUUGUUUCGUAAACGGUAGCCAAGUCGUCGAAAAAACACCGCUCAUGCACGGCGAUCGAAUCGUUUGGGGUAAUCAUCAUUUCUUCCGGGUCAAUUGUCCAAGGAGCGCUACGGCCAUCAGCAACGAACCUCAAACUCCAGCCCAGAAUAUCGAUUACAAUUUUGCGAGGGAAGAAUUGAUGCUCAACGAACUCUCCAAUGAUCCUAUACAAAGAGCCAUUGCGAGAUUGGAAAAACAACACGAGGAGGACAAACAGGUUGCACUGGAAAAACAGAGACAAGAGUACGAACGGCAAUUCCAACAAUUACGAAAUAUAUUGUCACCCUCCACACCGUACUCGCCCUACGUACCUUACGAUCCACUGCGCGGUGGAAGCCAAAGUGGUAAAUUGCCCGCUUGCACACCAACGACCCAAAUGAGAGUCGAAAAAUGGGCCCAGGAACGCGACGAAAUGUUCAAGCGCUCCUUAGGACAAUUAAAGACCGAUAUACUGAGGGCCAACUCGUUGGUACAAGAGGCGAAUUUUCUUGCCGAAGAAAUGGAGAAGCAGACCAAGUUCAGCGUUACUUUACAAAUACCACCUAAUAAUUUAAGCCCAAAUAGAAAGAGUGUAUUUUUCCAGCGGGGUGCUUUCGUCAGCGAGCCAGCGAUACUCGUGAAGAGGCUAAAUAUGGGGAGCCAGGUUUGGACGAUGGAAAAAUUGGAAAACAAGCUCGUCGACAUGCGGGACAUGUACGAGGAGAGAAAGGAUUCGAAUAAUUGUCAGAGGUUGCCGCUCAAGGACGACGUUCCAGGCAAGACGCAAGAUCCGUUCUUCGAAUCGCAGGAAAAUCACAAUUUGAUUGGCGUUGCAAACAUAUUUUUGGAAGUAUUGUUUCACGACGUGAGGCUGGACUAUCACACGCCGAUAAUAAGUCAACAGGGCGAAGUCGCCGGGCGUUUGCAAGUCGAAAUAAGUCGCGUGUCAGGACAAUUUCCACAGGAUCGAAUAUGCGAAGCAGCCUCCGAAUCUUCGAGUUCAGGCGACUCUACGUCUUCGGAGCCGGACGAUUAUUCGGGCUCGAGUCACAUCACUUGUCGCGUUACUAUCAAACAAGCGAGCGGGCUGCCGCUUCCCCUCAGUCAUUUUGUUUUUUGCCAAUACAUGUUUUGGGGCCAUCCCGAACCGAUAGUCGUUCCACCGGUCGUUAAUCCUGAAUUGCCCGUGUCCAAUUGUACCACCGGUCAAAGAGACUCUCCCGCAUUCAAGUUCGAGCAUACCAAGGAUUUCGUUGUACCGAUUACCGAGGAAUUUUUGGAACAUUGCGCUGAAGGCGCAUUUAGUAUCGAAGUCUGGGGACACAGAAGCGCUGGUUUUUCGCGAAGUAAACCCGGAUGGGAGGUCGAACAACAGCAAUUGGCCAAGGCACGAUCGCUCGCUGACCGCUGGUCGGAAUUGACGAGAAAGAUCGAGCUUUGGGUCGAGAUUCAAGAGCUCAACGAACAGGGAGAAUAUUCGCCGGUCGAUGUCGUUACGAAAAAUGAUACGUGGACCGGAGGCAUUUAUCAGUUACGUCAGGGACAACAGAGACGAAUACAAGUGCGGGUGAAACCCGUACAAAAUUCGGGCACACUGCCUAUAAUCUGUCAGUCGAUACUGAGUAUCGCGGUAGGCAGUGUUUGCGUUAGAAAACCUUUCCAAAAAGCGUUGGACAGUUACCAGGACGAGGACCUUAGUGUACUCAGAGACAAAUGGAGUGACGCCCUCUUGAGGCGACGACAAUAUCUCGAUCAACAGAUUCAAAAGCUCAUCAACAAGCAAGACAAAACUGAACAGGAUAUGGAACGGGAACAGAGUCUUGUGGAUCAAUGGGUUAGUCUAACGGAGGAAAGGAAUGCGGUAUUAGUCCCUGCGGCAGGUUCGGGGAUUCCUGGUGCUCCUGCCGAUUGGACGCCGCCAUCCGGCAUGGAACUUCACAUUCCCGUAUUAUUUCUUGAUCUCAAUGCCGACGAUCUCUCGACUCAUCAUUCCGGCGAAGAAGUCUCGAUCACCGGGCUCAAUUCAAUUUUGCCAAAGGAACACGGGCACAAAUUUUACAGUUUACCGAUAAUCCGACAUCUCGAAAAGGACGUAUGCGCAAUUGCAGCCUGGGACUCGAGCAUACACGACAGUCUUCAUUUGAAUCGAGUCACGGAUGCAACCGAACGCGUGUAUUUGAUUUUAAAAACUACCGUACGUCUGUCACAUCCAGCACCGAUGGAUCUUGUUUUAAGAAAGAGGCUGGCCCUCAAUAUUUACAAGAGACAGAGCAUCACCGAUCGUAUAUUCAAAAGAAUCGUACGAACCGAUUGUCUAUCGCAGACCGGUGUUACGUACGUCGUUGUAUCGAACAUACCAAAAGCCAGCGAAGAAUUGGAGGAUCGUGAGAGUCUCGCACAAAUCGCGGCCAGCGGUGAGGACAGCAGUUUGUGCGACGGGGAAACUUAUAUCGAGAAAUAUACGCGUGGCGUUUCCGCCGUUGAGAGUAUUUUGACCCUGGAUCGUUUGAGGCAAAGCGUUGCCGUAAAAGAAUUGCUACAAGCUAAGGGUCAGCCUUUGAUGCGAAAAACAGCAAGCGUUCCCAAUUUCUCGCAGGUACUUCUGCCGCUUCGACGUCUAGGACGCACUAUCAUGAGAUUUGAUACAUCGAUGGAUUCGCUGAACGUUACGAGGUCGGAAAGCGUGACGGAUUUGAAUUCCGAAUUGAAUGGACUGCCGCAUCCGAGAAGGGCGUCGGUUGGACACGCUAGAACGGAGGAUAAUUUUAUUUCUACACCACCCAAACCUUUCGGCAUUGUCCAUCAACAAAAAGGCUCCAUUCUGAAUUCAGCGAGACCAACUUUUCUGAAUCUCAACCUGAACCUGAACUCACUGACACGACUUCAACAAUCCACUUCAGCCAAGUCAUCGCCAAAUAUGGUUGGUAGUAAGUUGGGUCUCCGAAUGACGACGCUUCACGAGGAAACCUCGAAUAUUGGGAAUCAAUUGUCAUCGCCUGUUCAAGACGACGACGAUGAAAAAAGCGAUGCCGAUUAUUCCGAAUACGAUUCGUAUCAGGCAACGACGAAGCCAAUGGUAAAGCCACUAACAACGUCGCGCACACUGGAUUCAUUAGCUGAGCUACAAUCGACUAAAAUCAAUACGCCGAGUAUGAGCAGCAGUGGUUAUGGCUCGCAAGCGGUAUCAACGACCAAUUUAACAUCCGAAGAUUCGAUCUCAAUGAAAUCGAUAAGCGUCGAUGAAACACCAGAUUUGGAAUAUCGUAAUUUGUUAUUCGACUGCAAAAAAAUUGAUAACAACAAAAUGGAAAGUUCACUCGUCGAGGAAACACCCGAGGAAUAUCUCAGUGAAAUUAAUCAGGAAUUGAACAAGUUGAGCGUUUUGGAAAAUGCUUGUACUUCCGAAAAUACAAAUCAAAUUUUGAAUGAAGCGGCAAGUCCAACCGGUGAUGGAAUGAAAAUAAAAUCACAAUUUUGCGAGGAGCCUGCGAUUGACACGAGGGUAAUGAACAGUUCUGUGAUUAUAACGAGAAACGAAGGGCUGGUGGGCUGCAACGAUAUGGAAAUUAGUCAAAAUUCCAAUUCCGGUGACGAUAGUCCACUCGAAGGCAAUUCCAUUGUUCAUACCAAAUUGCCACCUGGGAAGGUGGUUAGAAGACGAAAAGCUUCGAGUAAUUCUGGACGACCUUCGAGUUCGUCACAGCACAGAGCCUCUUUUCCAAUGGUUCGUCCUUCCUUCUCGGAGAGCAAAGUUGCAGCGAGGCUCGAGCAGUCGUUACAACCGGCAAUGAAUUAUGAGAACGGUGACGAUAAUAGCUCGUCCGAGAGAAUCGAUGACGACGCCAGCGAUAAAAGUUCUGCGUUUGGUUCACGACCCGAUUUGACGAGGAUCGAGGCACCUUUGCCAGAUUGGGUAGUGCUUGGUGAAUCAGUCAUGGUACGCCCUUACAGUUAUUGCGGUGUUAUUGCUUACGUCGGACCGACAGAAUUUGCCUCGGGUACUUGGAUAGGUGUUGAAUUAGAUGCACCAACAGGAAAAAAUGAUGGUGCUGUCAAUGGCCACCGGUACUUUACUUGUCGAUCAAAAUGCGGCAUUUUCGUCAAGUACGACAAAUUGAUUCAAGACAGGAGAGGACGAGCACUGAGAAGCUUUACCAAUAAACAGGAGCCUGCUCCUCCAGCGUCCUCUACGAUGCGUAGAAGCGUCAGUCGAGGUGACGGAUUGCACUCGUUGCACCGGAGUCGAAGUCGGGGCGAAGGCCUCUCGACGAUUGGAACGCGUUCAUCACCGAGGGGAAAGUGAGGAAGGAUGAUGUCCAACGAGAACGCGAACGGUCAUAGCAGGAAAAGAGCGAUGAGGACGGUUGCAAAAAAAUCAGAAAAGAAAAAUCAAGAAAUGGAAUAAUUUUCCAAGUAAAAAAGCAGAAAUCAUAGCAUAAAAAAAAAGUAAUAUUCUAGUUGCUACAUGCCUACAAUCUGUGUAGCAGCGAUGUUUUGAGUCCUUUAGACCUUAGGGCAGCUAAUUAUUGAUAAUUGCGAAAAACAAAACAACACUAAAAAACUGAAUCUAAACAAAAAUCACACAAAGACACAAACACACACUUUUGCCGUUUCAAAAAUAAUAAUUAGUGAGUGUAAAGCGCGAGAAACGAUGCAUUCCAGAGAAAACAGAAAAAAAAAAUUAGCAAAAAGGAAAAAAAAUUGACAAAAAUGUGGAAAAGGAACAAAAAAAGGAAACAUUUUUCAGCAAGAAAAUAUUAUCACAAUUAAUUAUUAAUAAUCGUGUAUUCGCAUGGGUUAGUUUUGUAAUUUGGCGAGAACAAAAAAAAAUGAUUCAUUUCCGUUCCAUACGAAAAAAGAAAUCAAAAAAUUUGAGGAAAAGGAUAAGUCCAGGAGAAACGUAAGAGUGAAAAACAAAACAAUUGCAAUUUGUCUCCUAUCUCACAGCCGUCCCCUCUAUCGCUGAUCGCGAUAUCGAAUUUGCAUACGCCACGACACGAUGUACUAACGGAAAAAAAAAAAAUAUCGAUAAUGAUAACUUAAACUCGAUUAAGACUUUUUGAGGGUCUCCGAUUUCAGGGUAUAACCAAAACCGUCACACUAACAUUGCAUUAUACAUUAGAGAAAAAAAAGUGGAAAAUAAGAGAUUUAAGACAGGAUUUAUCUCUCGCAAUCAACGUUUUUACAUAUUCGUAUGUAUUGUAAUUGCAAAGACAGAAAAAAAGUCGUAAAAAAGAGGAGAGACGAUAUCUCCCACUUUCCAAAAUUGUCGAGUACAAUUUUUUAAAGGAAAAGUGAAAAGAGUUGAAAAAAAUCACACAUAACGUUUUCGACAAGACCAUUUUUUUUUAGAUUCUAUUUUUUGUUUAUUAUUAUUAUUAUUAUUAUUAUUAUUUUAAAUUGUAAAUUGAGAAACGAACGACGAAAGAGAGGGAAAAAAACCUCACUCGUCGCGACGUUGUGUACAUUUAAAGAUUUUAUGUGAGCCGGUUGUUCGAAUAUGUGAUGUUAAUUUGUUUUCGUUCAAUUUUCUUCUCGUUUCUUUUAUUCCAUUGCUUCAUCCCUGUUUGUCGAGUUCCUUUCUCAAGCUGCUACAUCAUCGUUCUUGUGAAUUUUCUGUUCUUUUAUUAUUAUUAUUCCAUCUCCCUCUUUUUUAUUGUUGUAUAAAAUAUUGUAUUUACACUUCCCCGCUUCGCGUUUUAACGAUUAACGAAAAUUAGGGAAUAAUUUAUAAUUUAUUGUUUAUUGAAUAAUUUUAAAAUCUCUGUCGUCAUGAGUUUAAUUUAAUAUGCGAAUAAAUAAGGAUUUUUUUCAUUCUAGGAAAAGUAAGUAUUUUUUUUCAACGUUGUAGAAAAUUUAUAUCUAAUAUUUGCAACGUUCGACGCUUAUCCGGCCAGCUGACAUGCGUCGUACCAAUUUCAUUUUUUUUUUUUUUCAACCGGAUUUUCAUUUGUUCGAACCCUCGAUUUUUUCACAUUAUUUUCGUAGGUGUCAACGUACCGUUUAGGGAUGCAAUAUUAGGGGAUAUUGAUUUUAGCCAAUUAGAGAAUAAAUAAACGAGCUUUGCUUCAUUGAAUUUGACAGAUAUUAUUAUUUAUCUGUUUUUUUUUUUUUUUUCCACUAUACGUACGUAUUGAGGUGAUUCAAAAAACAAAUAUCGAUUUUUUCGCGUAUCGUAAUGGAAAAAUACUGAUUCGCUUCGUGAAUGAACAAUUUUGCUCGAAAUUUUAAUGAUCUGAAACAAAUAUUCGAGUCACCAAACCCAUUUUUCGACAAAAACAUAUUUACCAGUCACAUUCACGGAUACGCCGAUACUACUGUAAGUUUUGUAAUAUAUUUGUGGCGCAUUUGUGAAAUAAAUGUUUUUUUGUUAAACAUUUUUCAGUUAUUAUUUUGAAGAUAUUGCGAGUCUCGUAUUGAGUCUGAGAUUUGACUCGGAUAAAAUAAAAAAAAAAUUCAUUCGGACGUUUAUACUUCGAGAGCAUGUGAAAGAAGCGAAUAAAACGUCGUCUUUGCAUCACCCCAAUAUACGUAUGCAUACAUACAUAUAUAUAUAUUACAUAUAUAAUAUAAAUAUCAGUUGGACAUUUCGAUGGACGAAAGUCAAUUUUUAUGCGCAUUGCUCUUCAUGUAAAAUGUAUAUUUACUAAAAUAUUCCAUACACCGUCAUCGGACGAACAAUUUAUUUUUUAAAUCUUCACCGAUCGACGAAAUAAAUACUAGUCUUUCUCGAUUUAAAAAAAAAAAAAAAAAAAAAAAAAAAUACAAAACUUACGUAAAAUGAAAGAUAAUGAAGAAAAAAUCGUCACACGCAUACAUACACAGGAACACCCUCGAAAAAGAAAUCAAAUCGCGAUGGACUACAAUAUUUUUCGAAUUCCCGAUCAACGAGCAAUGAGCAAGUGGAAAAAAAUAAUGAAAAAAAGCUGCGCUACUAUACAUUGAAUAUACCACCAGAGCAUUGUGUCGGGUUGAGCAAGAGGCAAAUCCAACGUUACGAGAUUAAGAUUUAAUGAAGAAAACAAAAAUAACGACAACUAAUGAAUAACUAUAAAUUAAUUAUUAAGAAUUGAAGUGAAAUUUGUCCAUAUUGUGAAAAAAAAAAAAAAACAGAAAACAGAAAACAGAAGCGAAACAAACGUGAAGAAUAAUCUACUCCUGUCCAAUUAGAACAAUACUAUUAUUAUUAAUUAAUUGACUUGAUCGUUAGGGAAGAUUGUACGUAAUAUUUAUUGAAUAAUAACGAUUUUUCGUCGCGCGAUGUUUGCUCUUCGAAAUACGUGAAAUGUUGUUUUGUUUUUCCAAAUAUAUUUUUUUUUCUAUUUUCACUUUAUUGAAACGAUGAGAAAACAUCGCGACCCGAAAGUUUAUGGCACCUGACGUCCACCGUUGGUGAUCCAUAUUUGUGCGGAAGAGAAUAUUGUCAGCGAGAUUGAAACAAAAACAACAAUACGAAGAAAAUAAGCAUAUGGUAAUGAUUUAAAAUACGCGAUAAGACGAGCCAACACACAAUCGAGUACUCAUUAUAUAUGUCACAGCGAUGCUACUAUGCCUGUCAUUGGUAUAAACGGUUAUUACGAAUAAAAACUUUUAUUUCAGUCAAA